CGAGUAAUGGACCAACUCGCAACAACCACACCUCGCGGUAUAUUUCUCGACUCUGCACCAUGGGUACCCUCCACUUCCUCGCAGCGCUAGCUCUACUGCUGGUAUGGUCUGCCAUCAGCGCACUUGCGUCUCCUGCGGAUGCGUGCACCUUGAAUGCCACCGGCGGGGACGACGCCCCGAACUUCGUACAGGCUUACUUCGCCUGCGAUACAGUUAUCAUUCCGGAGAGUACAGUGCUAAAUAUCGGCACCCGCAUGAACAUGACUGGAGGUGUCAACAAGCACAUCGAUCUACAAGGCACCAUCAAGUUCACGUCGGAUAUCAAUUACUGGUCUGGAAAUGGAUACUAUUUUGCCUUCCAGGAUCAAAUCACUUUCUGGAAGCUCGGAGGCGAGAACAUCCGUCUGGACGGCGGGGGCGUCCUAGACGGAACCGGACAGCCGUGGUACGACGCGUUCGCCAGCAACAGCUCCCUCCUCCGACCUAUCCUCCUAACAAUCUCUCAAGGCCGCAACGUGGUCGUCAAGGAUAUUACUAUGCUUAACGGUCCCGAAUGGAUUAACUUCGUUACAGACAGCUCUAACGUAACGUACGACAAUAUCCACAUCAACGCUAGCUCGACGUCCUCCCACCUUGCCAAGAACACGGAUGGAUGGGAUAUUUACCGGAGCGACGGCGUUGUUAUUCAGAAUUCGGUCAUUAAUAAUGGGGACGACUGCGUCUCGUUCAAGCCCAACUCGACGAAUAUCUUGGUGUCGAAUCUCAACUGCAACGGCUCCCAUGGUAUAUCGGUAGGUUCCCUAGGCCAAUACGCCGGGGAAUACGAUAUCGUGGAGAACGUCACCUCUAUCAACAUCCGGAUGGCCAACGCAGAAAACGGGGCCCGCAUCAAAGCAUUCGCCGGACCAAACGUCGGCAGCGGUAUAGUCAAGAACAUCACGUUCCAGAACUUCUCCGAGAUGAACGUGGACUAUCCCGUUGUGAUUGACCAGUGUUAUAUGACGGCGGCUGACGUCUGCGCCGCCUACCCGUCUAAUACAUAUAUCCAAGACGUGUGGUUUACCAAUAUAUCGGGGACGUCCUCCGGAAACGAAAAAUCACUGGUCGCGUCCCUUGACUGCUCCCCGGAUAACAGGUGCAGCAACAUCAAUGUCAACGACCUGAAUCUUUCAGCGCCUGCGAAAUACCAACCAGCGACGUACGGGUGUCAGAACGUCAACCUGACGGGCAACGCAGCCUCGCUUUUUGGGACUUGCGCUACGACAUAGAGGACUAGACGC